UGCUGAUGCUGUUGUCGCACACCACACGUGUGCCAGGGGUAGAAUUGCUUGUUGCUGUUUGAGAAAUAUAUAUUUGCUUCAUUGGGAUUCAGAUUUUCUGGUUUGUCGUUUGAUGGAAAGACAACAACAUGCCUAAGGUGAAAAGGUCAAAAGGUGGCGGAGGGAAUGCAGGAGCUGCGGAAAUGAUGGGUCUGGCUGAUCAAAUUCUACACUCGGACACGGUGCGACCGCAAGGCCGUGUAAAGAACAGGGAUCAGGUAAAAUUCAGGGGAGAGGACGAUGAAUACGUCGACGAACGUCUGUCUCGUAAAAUUUUGGAACAAGCACGCAUACAGCAAGAGGAACUUCAGACUGAAUUUGGACUAGCACCGGAGAAAAAGAAACCCUCGACAUCUUUGGGUCCCAGCACUCAGGAUGGUGACUCGGAUGAGGAAUGGCCAGCUCUUGGAGCAGCUGGUGAAGACGAUAUGGCUGGCGGUGGUGUGGUGGAAGUGGACCCAGAGGACGAAAAAGCCAUUCAGAUGUUCAUGAACAAAAAUCCCCCCGUCAGACAAACCCUUGCUGACAUAAUUAUGGAGAAGAUCACAGAGAAACAAACAGAGGUUGGGACUAUGAUGUCAGAAAUGUCAGGGCAACCUACAGCACAGCUGGAUCCAAGAGUUGUCGAGGUUUACAGAGGUGUACACAAGGUUUUGUGCAAGUAUCGCAGUGGAAAGCUUCCCAAAGCUUUCAAGAUCAUCCCAGCAUUGGCCAACUGGGAACAAAUCCUUUAUCUGACAGAGCCAGAGUCUUGGACUGCAGCUGCAAUGUACCAGGCCACAAGGAUAUUUUCCUCAAAUCUGAAGGAGCGAAUGGCACAGCGUUUCUACAACUUGGUGCUGUUGCCCAGAGUGCGAGAUGACAUCGCUGAAUACAAAAAACUAAACUUCCACCUCUACAGCGCCCUGAAGAAGGCGCUCUUCAAACCUGGCGCAUGGUUCAAAGGAAUAUUGAUCCCGUUAUGUGAAUCGGGAACCUGCACUCUGAGGGAGGCAAUCAUCAUCGGCAGCAUCAUCACCAAGUGCUCCAUCCCUGUCUUGUACACAAGUGCUGCCAUGCUGAAGCUGGCUGAGAUGGACUACAACGGUGCCAACAGCAUCUUCCUGCGCCUGAUGCUGGACAAGAAGUACGCGCUGCCCUUCCGCGUGCUGGACGCCCUGGUGGCCCACUUCCUCUCCUUCCGCAGCGACAAGAGGGAGCUCCCCGUGCUGUGGCACCAGAGCCUGCUGACGCUGGCCCAGCGCUACAAGGCCGACCUGGCCUCCGAGCAGAAGACCGCCCUGCUGGAGCUGCUUAAGGCCCAGUCGCACCCGCAGCUCACGGCCGAGAUCCGGCGCGAGCUCCAGAACUCCGAGUCGAGAGACGUAGAGACUGCUAUGCCUGCCAUGGCUAUGGACUAAUUUUUUUGUCAUUGUGUGUGUGUGUGUGUUCUUUGUUCACCCUCAUGUCUCCCCCUCACCUUUUUGUUCUGUUCAAUGCAGUUUGUUUUACAUGCAUUUGGCAUGGCCAAUUAUACAAAGACGAUAUAUUCUUGUACGAGAGUGCGGUAUGAUUACUUGAAAUCAUACAGAACACAAUUUCAGGCUUGGAAAGAUCUGAGAGACAAAAAUGUUUAGAAUUUUGCUGUGUCUAUCAUAAUGGUCACAGCUGAUCAUGUUAAGUCACAAGUAAACUAAACAUGACAAUGUAAAGGACAGUUCUAACGAUACAGUGGGACCUACAAGAAAUGCUUUGGUUCUACUUCCUUGGUGAUUCAUUUGAAAGCCUGUGUUGCAUAUGGAAUAAACUCUGAAGUAGUUUGUACAACAAGGAUAUGUAUUUGCAACAUAUUAAACAAAUAAACCAAUAAAUAAAAAUACAGUGACACCCU